AUACUCUGACAGGCAUAAAGCAACCAGCAUUCCUCGACUCAAGUCAUUCUUAUUGACUUCGACCGAGAAAAAUAUACGCAUCUUCUCUUUAUAAAGACUCAUAUUCCAAGAGUCUAUUGGUCUGAGAGACAGAAAAAUAAAAGCAGAUCAAGGAGUUUACAAUGCUCAAGCAACUUGUUUUAACAGUUGCCUUGGUAACGGCGUCUGAGUGCUCACGAAUAUUAAUGAUUCUGCCCUUAGGGUCUACCUCCCACAAGAACAUCAUCACGCCCUUGGCCGAGUCCCUUGGGCAGCGAGGACAUCAGGUCACCAUUGCCUCCCUGCAUGCAGCCUCUGCCAAUGCCUCUCGUUCUUACACCGAUCUUGUGGCUGCUGACGCUUGGAACUCGAUCCGGAAAGUGACGGGAGAAUUUGACGUCUUCAAGAUGAGAGAAGCGAGCGGAGGCAAGAACGUUAACUCACAAGUGAUGAAGAAAGUCAUUCAUCAUCUGCCAGAGUACUGUGACGCCUUCUUGAGAGACCCCGGAGUACAAGACGCAUGGCGCACCAAGCCCGAUUUGAUUCUGCUGCCAGCAUUCAUGAAUGAGUGUGGAUUAGCCCUUGUCCACAAAUUCAAGGUCCCCUUUAUGUACAUUACUACUUCUGGACUCACACCCUGGACUGCUGACCUCCUCGGAAACCCUGAGCAUCCUGCAUAUGUCCCCAAUCAGUAUCUUCCAUAUGGAGACCACAUGAACCUCUGGGAAAGAACAGUGAACACAAUAGUCAGGUUCAUCACCCCAUACUUGCGAAAUCGCCUUGUGCUCUCGCGGUUGGAUGGUGUUGUCCAGAGGUUCUUGAAGGAUCCAUUUGUAUCUCUGUCUGAAGUCGAGAAGAAUGUUUCAAUGGUUCUCGUCAACUCUCACUACUCCCUUGGCUACCCUCGCCCAUUGCUGCCUAACGUUGUGGAAGUGGGCGGUAUGCACUGUCGGAAUGCACGACCUUUGGAAGAUGAGCAGCUGAAACACUUCUUAGACUCCUCUCCUGUUCCUGUAGUUUUCUUCAGUCUUGGGUCCUCCAUUCGUAGCGAGCAAUUACCUGCUCACCUGCGCAGCGCUUUCGUAUCAGCCUUUGCUCGCCUUCCAUAUCGCAUCGUAUGGAAAUGGGAAGGAGCUCCUAUUCCAGGUCUGUCAGAAAAUGUCUUGACAAGGGCCUGGGUUCCCCAGCAGGACAUUCUUGGACACGAGAAAGUGAGGGCCUUCUUAACUCAUGGCGGAUUACUGUCUAUGCAAGAGGCUAUUUACCACAAUGUCCCUAUGGUUGGCAUUCCCCUGAUGAGCGACCAACACCUGAAUGUGCGUCAGGUAGUCAACUUAGGCAUUGGCCGGGAACUGUCUAUUGAGACCUUGAAUUCCGAUUCUGUCACAGAGGCCAUCACAGCAGUCAUCGAAAACGAGUCGUACCGAAAUCAGGUCCAGAAAAGGUCUGCGCUGUUCAAGGACCAAGAAACGUCAUCCCUAGAUCGGGCGGUCUACUGGACCGAGCAUGUCCUACGUCACGGGGGCGCAGAUCACCUAAGAUCAGCUGCUGCCAACAUGCCCAUCCAUCAAUACGCGCUGAUGGACGUCGUUGUCCUCCUCCUCACCGCCGUCGCUAUAUUGCUGUUCUUGCUCAAGCGGUUGCUGGCGUCUGCUACUCGAGCCCUCGAGGGGUGAUAAAAAAGGCAGCAGGCAAAGCUUUAAAAAUAAUAAUGUCUCAGGCCACGGAGUACUGAUGUUCAUUAAAAUUGUACAUCAUAAAUUCAAUGAAUCUCGGAAGCUUUCAUGACUCGAUGACUGCUGAUCAAAAGUAUUUUAAAAUUCAUGCUGCUGUUGCUUUCCAUAUAUCUUUUUUCACGUUCUGAAUUUUCAUUUCAUCUUCAUAAAUUGCAGUUUUUUUGUAGACACAUACCUUAUCGCUUAGGUGCAUUUAUUUUUAUAUUUUUAUAAGAAUGAGAAGAAUAAAAAUGUGAGAUUUUCA